AUGCAUACUGAAACAAACGGUAACAUAGAUCAUACAUGGAGUGAAAUAUCUAAAGAUACACCCCAAGAAGCUACGGCCAGAAAUGAUGGGAAAGGAAAUUACGAAGGAGGAGAAAAUUCCGAAAUAGAUGUCACUACAUUUGAUAAAAUAACGACAAACAUUAUCAACAGCUCCAUUAAUAAGCCUCAAAAAGAAGACGAAGAUGAAAAAAAUGAGAUCCAGGUUCAAAAUAGCCAAAAAUACCCAUUCGAGAAUUCUAUUCCUGAAAAUCAGUCAUCUCCGCAUAUACGAACACCAAGACUGGAUAAGUUACGAAACUUCUUUAAAGAAAACAGGAGUCCCACCAAAAGAAAUAGUCCAACAAAGAUAAAAGAAAAGGAGAAAAAAAUUGAACCUCCACUAAGUAAUGACCCUUUGACAUUCAAAAUCUUAGAGAAUGAGAUAAGUGAGAAUAACCUGGAUACACAAAAUAUCAAAACUGGAACAAUUAAACAAGUUAUACAAUCCGAAGUAACCGACAAAUCGGAUAUGGGAAUCAUAUUGGAAGGUUUUGAUAAUUCACCUCCAGAUACACCAGAAUCCCAAAGAGUAUUACCUGAUUCGAAUCUAAAAGAAAUUAAAGAACUUAUUGGAACUAAUGAUAAUGACUUAGAGACUAAACCUGUAUCAUCUAUUGAUACACAGUUUUUAACGAGUAACAUAAACGAAAAUGCAGACCUUACUACACAGCCCAUAAAUCCCGUCGAAACAGUAGAAAGUUUGAAUAGGGUAUCGUCAAUUAACAGUAAUGGAGAGACGUUUACAAAGAUAAGUAUGCACCGAAACCAAUAUAUGAAUUUCAAGAUAACUCAAGACAACCAAGAAGUCAAUCCUGAUAUGAGGUCACUUGGGUCCACUGCAAAUAGUAAUCUCAAUAUAAUGUUCGAUGAUGUAACGAAUGAUGAUGCCAAUAUUUCAAAUCAUUGGCAAUUCAAAAAGGAUUCUAAUGGAGAAGAUUUGGAAACAUAUAACAAAACAACUCAGUUAAUAGACGCUCAAACUCAGAAAGUUCCAGAUCCUAACAACACAACCACAGCAGAUACUAAUGCCAAUCCACAACCUGGACCAACAACCUCUACCCAAGCUGAUAUAACUCCAUUAUCAAAGGAGACCGCUUUAGGAAGUACCAAUUUAGUCUCUGAAAAACAAACUACAUCAACUAUAUCCAACUCAUCUGUCGAUCUUGCAAAUAAGACGACUGACCUUAAUAGCGACGGCUCUAAAAUAGAUGCAUUCAUGAACGUUGUAACUUCGCAUGAUAUCAUCGAUUUACCUCAGAAAGAUGAAGAUAAUUCUGAUAUUAUUAACAGAUCAAAUCUUAAGCAGAUUCCGGAACUUUCAGAAAACAGUUCGCCAACUAAGUUAGAUCAAGAAAUAAAUGGAGUAGAGCCAUUAGAAAAAUCAUUGUCCUCUAUAGGUUCACCUAAGCUGGUAUCUGACUCCAAAGAGAAAAGGUAUUUGAAGGUCUCAUGCGAAAGGGAUUCAUCUCCAUUAAUUGAAAAGCAAAUCAAGUCUCAAAGUCUUGAUUCCGAAAGAAACAACGUUAUUAUGAGUGAUGUUGAGAUAACACAAGAAUUACCUGAGGUUCCUGAAUUAUCCGAUCAUGAUAUAGAUGAUUCACAAAGUAUUGUGAUUGGAAGAAAGAAAACUAAAAGAUAUAUUCCAUCUUUGCAACUAAGUGAAGAAAACGAAUUUUCACAGGACCAAUCGGUUAAUGGGCAAUAUACAAAAAGAGAAUAUCCUAUCGCUAAAAGAGAUUUUGACGAUAGGCCACUUACAAGGGAAGAUAUUAUUUUUGAAAAUGCAGUUUGGUGCCAAUAUGUGAAUUUUCAUUAUUACCCCGGGGUGAUCCAAAAUAGAGAUUCGUUCACUAAUAAGUAUGACAUUAUUUUUGAUAGGGAUAGAUAUAGCGCAGAUCAAGAACAACUCUAUUACCUCGAUGUAAUAAUUGGAGAUAUUGUGAGAUAUAAAACACAUAGGUAUGCUAUCGUAGCUUUGGAAUGCCAAAAACCAGAUCCUUCAAUAAUUAGAUGUAUCCGUGGCUAUGAUACGGUAUACUUGAAAAAGAAGGAUGGACCAUCACACCCCAAUGAGCCAAUAAUUAUCCCUAUGUCAUGGAUCCAACUCGAUUUGGACGAUUGGACAACACGGAAAAGAAUGCCACUGAAAGUUACCAACAAGAGCGACCAGUCAACUGAUUCACCUAAAUUUACAAAAACUAAGAAACGUGUCAGCAGAGUUGGGACUAAAGGUUCCCCAAGAAAAAGAAAAAGAGUGAAUUAUAAGGAGGACUCUGACGAUGAAAUCAAAGUAGCCGAUGAGAACUUUGAGAAUAGUGAUUUCAGUGCUGCUUCUAAUUGCACAACUGAUGAAGAAGGGAUUGAAACAAUGAUCACUGAAGAAGAAUGUCCCCUUGUGAAAAGGGUGGGUAGCACAAUUUCUCAAAUAAUGACAAAAUCUUCCAAUACUGAUGAUAUAGAAAAUACCAUCGCAAUUAAUGUCGCUCAAAAAGUUCAAAAUAAUCCAAAUGCCAUAAUAACGAGUAGUACCAGCGAUGUUUCAAAGAUAUUCGACGGAUGUGUCUUUGCUUUUACAGGCUUUAGAGAAGUAGGGUAUGAGCUAAAGGACACAAUAAUUAGAUACGGGGGUGAUGUGAUUGAUUUAGGAUUUUCAGAUCUUUUUUCUUUUUCCACACAAAAGAAACGAAGUAAUAUACAAGAAUUUAACUUAGGGAUGAGGUGGAAGAAUGGCACGGCCUUUCGAAAUUAUCGAUUUGCUUGCGUUAUCGCAGAUAGGUACCUUAGAAGCUCAAAAUAUCUAGAAACAUUGGCUCUCAAAUGGCCAACAUUACAACGAAAAUUUAUUGAUGAAUGUAUAUUUGCUAACAAAGUUGAUGAUAGUAUUAUACGUCGUUAUCUACUGCCAUCCGGGGAAAGCUCGAGACUGGAUGACCUACCAAUCUCGUCAUUCAUAAAAUCAAACAAUAUUUUCCAAUUUUUAACAAAUUACCUGAAAGGCGAAACAUUAGAUCAACAAACUGGGCUGUCAAGUAAGCUUAUGGGCGAGUUUGCGGUCAUUAUUUGUAAGGAUUCUAAUCUAACAGAUUUUGCCAAAUUUGUGUUUGCAUGUUUUGGAGUGAAAAGAUUAUUCCAAAUUCCCAAUGUAGGUUAUUUAAAAUCUACUAAUGAAAAUUUUAAUGAAGUACAAUCAAUUCUGAGAGGUAUCAAAGAUGAAGAACUCAAGACGCUUUUUUAUCUGAAUAACGGUCAAGAUCAAAUCCAAACGUCAAAAUCAAUACAGGAUAUCCAACAUGAUAUUGAAACUGGGCUUGCCAACGUCGGUGAAUAUUACGUCAAAGAUCGGGAGUGGCUCAUCCAAACUAUUAUAAAUGAAGAUACGGGAUUGUCUUAA